AUGGACACCGCCGAGCCUGCAAUCGGCGCUGCCGCAGACCUCUCGGGAGCAACGCCGCAGAGCAAGCUCGCCCACACCAACCCCCUGGCCAAGAAGCUCGCCCAGGUCCUCACGAUCUCGCUUGAGGAUCAACAAACUCAAAAUGCGCUCGAGGCACUCUCGGAGUUCUAUGUGUCUAGCAAGGGCACAUCCAAGCGAAGCUUCAGGGCAGAUGUCGAGCGCAGAGUCAUCUUGAUGAACAACCGGUUCCUCGACUCGCUCAAUGGCAUCAACCAGGUCCGUGUUUGCUGUCCGAGAUGA